CUCACUCCUUAAGUAGCCCUUCCUCCUCACACUUCCUACCCGCAUUUUCUCCCUAGCCGUUAUUCCUUAUACUUAGUUAAGAUGUCUAGCCUCAGCUCCGCCGCUUCCGCAUUAGCCGUCGGAAUUUUUCUGACAGCAAUAGUUUCGCCGGCUGCCGCCCGCAUUCCCGGCGUCUAUGUUGGCGGUACAUGGAAUCAGGCACACGCAACCUUUUACGGUGGAAGCGAUGCUUCCGGCACCAUGGGUGGGGCGUGUGGGUACGGGAACCUUUACAGCCAGGGAUACGGUGUACAGACGGCGGCGCUGAGCACUGCAUUGUUCGACAAUGGCCAGAGCUGCGGAGCUUGUUUCGAGAUCAAGUGUGCUGAUGAUCCUCAAUGGUGUCAUCCAGGAAGCCCUUCCAUUCUCGUGACGGCGACGAACUUCUGCCCGCCUAACUAUGCUCUACCCUCUGAUAAUGGAGGAUGGUGCAAUCCACCCCGCCCCCACUUUGAUCUCGCCAUGCCAAUGUUCCUUAAGAUCGCCGAGUACCGUGCCGGCAUCGUUCCAGUGACCUACCGCCGGGUGCCGUGCCGGAGGGGGGGGGGGAUCCGGUUCACCAUAAACGGGUUCAGAUACUUCAACCUGGUGCUGAUCAUGAACGUGGCUGGCGCCGGCGACAUCGUUAGCGCGAGGGUGAAGGGCUCGAACACGGGGUGGAUGCCAAUGACCCGCAAUUGGGGACAGAACUGGCAAUCAAAUGCUAUUCUAGUCGGCCAAUCGCUCUCCUUCCACAUCACCGGAAGCGAUCGCCGGAGCUCCACCUCCUGGAACAUCGUCCCCGCCAAUUGGCAGUUCGGCCAGACUUUUUCCGGCAAGAACUUUCGCGUCUGAUUUGUUCCUCUAUUUGGUUUGUUUUUUUUUUCCUUUUAUUUUUUGUUUUUGGGGAGAGGUG